AUGCUUGCAGCCGCGGUCUCCCUUGUGGCCGCCAUCUGGGCAGCGAUCCAUCUCAGGACCCUGCUGCUGGCUGCUGUCACCUUCUUGUUCCUGGCCGACUAUCUCAAAAGCAGGCGCCCAAAAAACUAUCCACCAGGGCCACGACGUCUGCCCUUUGUGGGCAACAUGCUGCAAUUGGACUUGGAGCAACCACAUCUGGCAGUGCAGCAGCUUGUGAAGAAGUAUGGGAAUGUUAUCAGUCUGGAUUUUGGAAUCAUGUCUUCAGUGAUUAUAAGCAGCCUGCCUUUAAUCAAAGAAGCCUUUACUCAACUGGAAGAAAACUUUAUGAGUCGCCCUAAAUUUCCUAUUCACAAACAUAUUUUUAAGGAAAAUGGAUUGGUCUUCGCCAGUGGCCAAACAUGGAAGGAGCAGAGAAGGUUUGCCCUGAUGACCCUGAGGAAUUUUGGAAUGGGAAGGAAGAGCAUAGAGCAUCGCAUACAGGAAGAAGCUCGACACCUUGUAGGGGCCAUAAAAGAGGAGAAAGGGCAGCCUUUUGACCCUCACUUGAAGAUCCACAAUGCUGUUUCCAAUGUCAUUUGCUCCAUCACCUUUGGUGAGCGUUUUGAUUACCAUGACGAGCAGUUUCACGAGCUGCUGAGGUUACUGGAAGAGGCCAUGUAUUUGGGUUCCUCAAUAAUGGUCCAUCUCUAUAACAUCUUCCCAUGGUUAAUGAGAUAUCUUCCCGGAUCACACCAAACAACACUGUCUACCUGGAGAGAACUGAAAUCAUAUGUGUCUAAUAUAGUUGACAAACACCGCCGAAACUGGAACCCUGAUGAGCCGAGAGACUUCAUUGACGCUUUUCUCAAGGAAAUGACCAAGCACCCCGACAAAACUACUACAAGUUUCAAUGAAGAAAACCUCAUUUGCAGCACUCUGGACCUCUUCCUUGCUGGAACUGAGACAACAUCCACGACCAUGCGCUGGGCUCUGCUCUACAUGGCGGUCUACCCAGAAAUCCAAGAAAAAGUCCAGGCUGAAAUUGACAAAGUGAUUGGCCCGAAGAAGCAGCCCAGCCUGAAUGACCGAGACUCCAUGCCUUACACCAAUGCUGUUGUCCAUGAGGUGCAGAGGAUGGGAAAUAUUAUCCCUCUGAAUCUUCCCAGGGAAGUGACAGUUGACACUACGCUGGCUGGAUUCUAUCUGCCGAAGGAAAGCGAUCCUGCCUUGGAGAACAACUGGCAAGAUCUGAGCUCUUUAUUUUAUUCACUGCUCUUGUGCAAAAAUUUACCUUCAAGCCCCCAGUCAAUGAGAAGCUGA